GUGACGUAUGAAGAUGAUGAUAAGCUUUUGCUUCCUAAAGGAUGCACAAUAUGUGGAAGUGCUAAAUGUCAAAGACAUAGACCUGAAGUAGCRUUAGUAAAGAUACAACCAUGGGUUGGCCUUGACUGUCCUGAAUCAGUGGACAUUGCCAUUGAUGAUUUCCUCACUUUGGUACUACAGAGGUUUGUCUAUGGAUGGUACAGCGAUCUCAGCACUGAUGAUACAUUUGUGGAUGAGUUGCGAAGCAGCCUUAGAUAUAUUGCCUCUGUACUAGUUAGAAGAGUUAGAAAGGUUGAUAUUCCUACUUUUGUGACCGAAAAACUUCUCAAAGAAGGUUUGAAACACUUUGACUGGUACAUGAAAGCAAAGGAAAAAGUGAAAGAUAGUGAAGGAAGUGAGAACCUUUCUUCUGUAGUAAAGUUACUAGAGGCCGAUAUGCACAGUGCACUUCACAGUAGAUCUAUGGAAUUAUUGUAUCUUAGAAAGGUUGCUGAUGGUGUUUUGCCACAUCUACUACCCCCACAGUCUUUAAAGUGCAGGAGUCUUAUUGCAUUGCUGAGAGAACUGUUAUCUGGUGCUGUUCUUCUCACUCUUAUGGACAAGUUAUCUGAUCCAGAUUUUGUGAAUAGUUUAUGGCUGGUCUUUCUUGACAAACAACCUAUGGUACCAUCCAAUCAAGAACCAUCAUCAAGAACACCAUUCCUUGAAAAUUUUGCCAAACCAAGAGCUCCGCUAAGAAACUCUGCACUUCAUCUAUCUUUAGGAGAAAUUCUUCAUUCUCAAACUGCUUUAUUUCCAUUCAUGCAGUUUAUGAGAAAAGAAGCUGCUUUGAAUGUUCUACAAUUUUGCUUGACAAUUGAGGAUUUCAACAAAAGGUUUUUUGCACCAGAUGUUUCUCCAGAAGAGGAGUUAUCUCUCAUUAAAGAGGCAGAAGAAAUGUAUAAUAGUUACUUCGAUGUGAAUGCCGUCGAUAGAAUCAACUUUGAUAAACAUGUCACUGAAGGAAUAAGAGACUCCAUCAAAGGACCUGUGAAUAAGAUGGGGAGAUUAAAAAUGGCAGCUCUUUUGUCAAAGGCCUAUGAACAUGCAUAUAACCUAUUAGAGGGCRCAUUUUUACCUUUGUUCUAUCAAAGUGAUGAUUAUUUYUCACUAUUGUGUGGUAGUAGACUCCCAGCUAGACCUUUGAAUAAACAGGCAUCCAGAGCAUCUAAAAAGAAGUUUGACCCAUUGGCUGAGUUCUCUAAACUGGCUGGAAAAAUUAAGCAUAAAGUGUUGAAUCCUGUGAGAGAGGAUUAUUUGCCGUAUGAUGAAUUGGAUCCAUAUGAUAUUAUAGAAACGCCRCCUGACUUUGCMAUGGAUAGUGACGAUGAAGUUGAAGCUCCUGAUGAAGAAAGCCGUGACUUAAGUACAUGGAAAAUCAGCAUACCACAUGUUAUAAUGGAAAAUAAAUAUAAAUGCAUUUAUAUUAUUUCUGUGAAGAGGMAAGAUGCCAAGGAUGGAGAGGAAAAGUUUUGGGAUGUUGCAAGGCGCUACAAAGAGUUUUACGUACUUCAGAGCAAACUUGAGGAAUUCCACGGUGCAAUAGAUAAUUCAUCACUUCCUGUAAAGCAAAGCAGUUCUAAAAUGGGUAGCAUCAAGAAACCAGCUGCUUACUACGAGUCCUGUCGAGAUCAAUUUGAAAGCUAUAUACAGGAGUUGUCCAAAAACCCACUCACKAARGGCAGUGCUUUGCUGUUUUAUUUCUUGUCACCAAACAAAGAAUUUCUAAACAUGUUUGAAUCAAAGAGCAGGAAAGGCAAUAUUGCAGGAAAAACCUUGAAGACAGUAACAACAAUUUUUACCAAAGAGAGAGGACAGAACAUUGAUCCAUUCCUGCAUGCAUACCUAAUUUCCAUUGAGGAGACAGCAAGAAUGCCAUCACUAGCAAGAAGUCAGUCUGUUGAUGCUGGUGUACAAACAAGUGAUUUAAACCAUACAAAAGAUCUAGACCAGUGGUGUCCAAGAAGAAAAAAGAGUUCUGCUGAUAAAUUUUAUGUCAAAACAGACAGCAGAAACUCAGAUGUCAUUUUAAGUGGAGUAACAGACUACAUACUCUUCAUAGCUGACAGACUUGUAAAACUACCCAGAUGGAUGUUGCAUAUUUUGUCAUCAUUGAAGAUUAUUGGUGGACAGUCMAUGAAUUACUUUGCUGAUCGCUACCUCAAUUCUAAAAUUGAACUUCUCAAAGAAGAAUAUAGGAUAACCAUGAUAGUACAUCUACUYAGAGAUGCAAUAUUCUUUGACAAAGAUCCACCAAGGACUGAUGCCGAUAAACUAGAGAGAAGGGAACAAACCCUUAAAGAAAUGGUCGAAUUUCUUCCAGAUUUACUUGUACAUAUUAUAGGGAAAACCAGAAACAGAGAUGCCAUGAAUCUAUUGCUGGAAGUCUUUCAGCAUCCCAAGCUCAAUAAGCAGCUUGCCUACACACUCCUGGAUGUGGUUCUUUCAGAGGUUUUUUCAGAAUUAAAUAAUGUAAGAUAA